GGAUGGCUUUAGGGCUCUGCCCCUUGCUUUUGGCUCUCUCUCUCUCUCUUUCUCAUUCUCUCUCGUGCUUUGAUCUCUGCUUAACAACAGUAACGUCACAGGGACUAUACAGGAGAGUUUUGUUGGAAGUUAGAAAGUUUUGCAGCCUCCAGAGGGCUGUAGCGGCAGUAGCAGAAGCAGCAUCCAAGGGACUCCUGGAAGGGGAAGAGAGAGAGCGAGCGAGCGACUGACUCAGUCCUGCUGCAGAGAACUGACUCGAGGCGACGGAGGCAGACAUGGAACAUCAGCUGCUGUGCUGCGAGGUGGAGACCAUCCGACGAGCCUACCUGGAUGCCAACCUCCUCAAUGACAGGGUGCUGCAGACAAUGCUCAAGGCGGAGGAGACCUGCUCGCCCUCCGUCUCCUACUUCAAGUGCGUGCAGAAAGAAAUCUUGCCAUAUAUGAGGAAAAUAGUUGCCACUUGGAUGCUGGAGGUUUGCGAGGAGCAAAAGUGCGAAGAGGAAGUUUUCCCCUUGGCUAUGAAUUACUUGGACAGAUUUUUGUCGUUUGAACCCCUCAAGAAAAGCCGGUUGCAACUGCUCGGAGCUACCUGCAUGUUUGUGGCUUCAAAAAUGAAGGAGACUAUUCCUCUGACCGCAGAAAAACUGUGCAUUUAUACAGAUAACUCCAUUAGACCCGACGAAUUACUGCAAAUGGAGCUGCUGCUGGUGAAUAAGCUGAAAUGGAAUCUGGCCGCAAUGACCCCCCACGAUUUCAUUGAACAUUUCCUCACUAAAAUGCCUCUGGCAGAGGACACCAAGCAGAUCAUCCGUAAACAUGCUCAGACUUUUGUGGCUCUGUGCGCUACAGAUAUUAAAUUUAUUUCAAACCCACCUUCCAUGAUCGCAGCUGGCAGUGUGGUAGCAGCUGUGCAAGGCCUGCAUCUGGGGAACACUAACACUUUCCUCUCCUAUCAAUGCCUCACACAUUUCCUAUCACAAGUUAUCAAAUGUGAUCCGGAUUGUUUACGAGCCUGCCAAGAACAGAUUGAAUCCCUCCUUGAAUCCAGUCUACGUCAGGCACAGCAGCACAACGUAUCUUCAGAAACAAAGACUGUAGAGGACGAAGCAGAUCUUUCCUGCACACCCACUGAUGUGCGAGAUGUGAACAUUUAAGAGGACUUCUUCUUCUUCUAAUGGAUUUGCUUGGCAAGAAAAGCAGACAAAAGAAAGGGCAUCUGAGAAGGAAUCGGCGUCAGGAUCUCCCCCCCAGAAACCCUUUUCUCCAGGACAUUUUUAUACCAGAAGGGAAAACCAGUUCUUGUUAUAUUUUUUUCUUGCUCUGUCUCCCUUCCAUCUGUGACUUCAAACAAACAAA